CACGUGUUGAUGUGCCAGACUUUUAGCAGCGUUUAGUGUGCAAGAAGAGAGUGCUUUUUUUACGACGUGUAUUCUAGCUGUGUGUCUGUUUAAUUGGUUAAGUUUAAGGUACUUUAAAUAGUAUAAAUACUUAAUAGUAAAUAGUGCUUGGCAUCGAUGUAUGUGAGUCGUGAAGUACGUUACUCACGUUAAAUGUUAUUAGGUCUACAGUUAAUAUUUAAUCAUCACGAAUUAUUAUUCAAUUUACUCGUAUAGUGUAAAAAAGUGCAAAACAACGUGAAUCUCUUUAACAUUUUACAAAAAAGCUCACAUGAUCUCUUUCCAUUAAAAUAUUUUGUGAUAUAUUAUUACCGUCAUUGUUGUGAUUUUUUUAUCAAUCGUUUAUCCAUCGUUCAAGUGAUUUGAGGCGUUUUAUAAAUAUACUUGUCUAGUUGCCAAUGAAAGUACUUAUCUGAGCAAAAAUGAGCAUCGAGGUGAUAUCCGAGUACUUGGACAGCUAUGAAGGUCGAGACAAGUUUCUUAGGACACUUUCCUAUGCUGCUAAACUGGCAUCAGGCUUUCCAGCCUCCAAUCAAACUUCUGAGAAAUUUAAGUGUUUCAGCAGUAAAAUGAGUGGUGCUAGAGUCAUUUUGAGACUUUUGGAUGACAUUCCAAACAUACAUCAUGCCAUGACUUAUGGAUGGGGGCAAAAAGAGCCUGAUUGGUUCAUCAGAACUAUUGAGUUGGUUAAAAUAGCUGUGGAUACUUUUUAUGGGCCAGUGGAGCAUUUAUGUUGGGCUGGGGAAAACAAACUUAUACCCCUGGAUACAGAGAAGUGGGGCAAUGCUACAGUGUGGUUUUGGAUAGCUUCGCUCUACUUGUCUUUAAUGAAAACACUGAGAAGAUAUAAACUACUUAAAAAGCAAGAAUUUAGUUUUAGAAAACAAGGACUUGAUCCAAGAUUUAAUAAAGCCAAACUCAACAGCCAGCAGAACAACGAACUGCUUAUUUGUUUAAGGUUACUACUCGACUUGAGCUAUGCAGUGAGUUACCUUCCAGCUGGAACACUAUGGGGAGGAAAGUUUUCAGCUUGGCAAGUUGGUGCCUUAGGUACUAUUUCAUCUUUUAUAGGAGUAUAUCAAGCUUUAUCAAAAAGAAUGAUGCAGAAAAAAAAUAGUUGAUUUAGUUUAAGAAGAUAAGAGAAACAAAAAAAAUUGGUUGAGGAA